AUGCCUCACUUUCUCUUUCACGGCCCACCAGGCACGGGCAAGACGACGUCGAUCCUCGCAGUGGCGCAUGAGCUCUUUGGCCCUGACUAUAUCCGCAGUCGGGUGCGUGAGCUGAACGCAUCUGACGACCGCGGUAUUAACGUGGUUCGGGAGAAGGUGAAGAUCUUUGCUCAGGGUGCCGUCUCAAGCAAUGGUAGCAGUGUCACCCAGUCGGACGGCAAAGUCUACCCGGUGCCCCCUUUCAAGCUUAUUAUUCUCGACGAGGCCGAUGCGCUGCUCCCUGAUGCUCAGGGCGCGCUGCGGCGCAUGAUGGAGGACUUUAGCGAUGUGACCCGCUUCUGCAUCCUGUGCAACUAUGUGAGCCGCAUCAUUGAUCCUAUCGCGAGCCGAUGCGCCAAGUAUCGCUUUAAGCCGCUUGUAAAGAGUGCCCUUUAUCAUCGCAUCGAGUACGUGGCCCAAGCUGAAGGCAUCACCCUCUCGCCGGCCUCUCUCCAAGCUUUAGAUACCGUGAGUGGCGGUGAUCUCCGUCUCGCCAUCAUGCACCUCCAGUCCGCACAAAAGGCGAACGGGAAUGACUUGACGAAGGAGGACUUCAUCUCCGUGUCGGGCAGCGUGCCGGCCGACGUGAUGCAACGAUACAUCAGCGCACUGUUCUCUCAUCGCUUAGAGGAGGUGAUCCAGGCAUCGCGUCGGCUUGUGGCGGAGGGCUUCGCCGCCGCGCAGGUACUACUUCAACUGCAGAGCUACCUUUUGAGCGCUGAGUGUCCGCUAAACUCAGCCCAACGCGGAAAGAUUAUGCUAAAGCUGUGCCAGACAGAGCGGCGCCUUGCUGAUGGCGGAGAUGACUACCUGCAGCUGCUCGACAUUGGAAGCGUUGUAUGCUUCUCAUAG